CUGAGUCUCGGAGAAAAUGAUCCCAUGAGGAGCUUCAGGGGGCUUGCUGCGAGUUUCUCCCAGACUUCAGGUGGGUUUGUUGCUCGUGGGUGAGACGCACCUGGGCCAAGGGCAUCAUUGAUGGGAGGCUGCGUGGGGACCCAACGCCGCCAACAACAACAGCAGCAGCAACAACAUCAUCGCUCAGGGAGGCGAAGUGGCAAUGGGAGAAAAACAGGUCGAAAUGAGCCUCUGAAGAAAGAGAGGCCAAAGUGGAAAAGUGAUUAUCCUAUGACAGACGGCCAACUGAGGAGUAAAAGAGAUGAAUUCUGGGAUACAGCACCAGCUUUUGAAGGUCGCAAAGAAAUCUGGGAUGCCCUUAAGGCAGCUGCCUAUGCCAUUGAAUGCAACGAUCAUGAACUGGCCCAGGCUAUUGUAGAUGGCGCCAGUAUUACCUUGCCACAUGGUUCGUUAACGGAAUGUUACGAUGAGCUUGGCAACCGUUACCAGCUUCCUGUUUACUGCCUGGCGCCUCCUCUGAACCUCAUCACUGAAAAGUGUGAUGAGGAAACAGCUGACAUACCCGAUCCUCCGGCGAAUGCCAAGCGAGAGUUCCAGCUCAAGGUGCGCCUGUCUACAGGGAAGGAUGUCAAACUGAACGCCAGCAUGGCAGACACCAUCGGGCAGCUGAAGAGGCAGCUGCACACGGAGGAAGGUAUCGAACCCUCCAGGCAGCGCUGGUUCUUCUCGGGGAGGCUACUCACCGACAAAAUGCGACUGCAGGAGACAAAAAUCCAGAAAGACUUUGUGGUCCAGGUUAUAGUCAAUGAGGUAGCAGCAAUUUACUGAACCACCAGGCAAAAAAAUUAUAUAUAUAUAUAAAAUAUGCAAGACACUUGACUAUGUAUCUUAUGUAAGAAAAAAACAGAAGGGCUCUGGAACAUGGUCGGCAUAGGGAGUGUACUUGAAUGUGUGGAGGUCUACCUUGGCCAUUAUCCGUUGGUCAGUCAAAUGUAGCUUGAGGCCAAAAAAGGAGCCAUUUUUAAUGGCAUCCGGCCGCCUUGAUAAUCUGCCUUUGGUUGGCCAAUGGAUAUUUGACUGUAAAUGAAAAUUGUUUAUCUCUCUCUCUCUCUUGUCUGUCUGUCUGUCUGUCUCCCUCUGUUUGCUCCUCUGUCACUGUCUCUGUCGUUCUGUCUGUUUCUCUGUCUCCCCUCUCUCCUUCUGUCGGCCCCUCUGUCACUGUGUGUCAUUCUGUCUCUUCUGUCUCUUCCUCUGUCUGUGUCUCUGUCUGCCCCUCUGUCACUGUCACUGUCUCUGUCUGUCUUCUCUGCCACCUUUUCCCAGUUCAUAUUACACCCCCAAAAAUGUCUGAUUGAUUGAUUUGAAUAUUUCACUGUGGCCCUUUGAACCUAGGGACUUUACAGUGAGGACCUUUUUUUUUAAAGGUUGCUAUAUAGUAGCAGUAUUGAGGCUUUAUAUAGAAAGUGUACUGAGAAUGUUUUACACUGGCUUUAAUCGUGCUGUGGUUGAUCACUUUUGUUUUAUGCUGUAGGUCUAUAAGGGCCCAGCUAAGCACCAAAAACUUGCUCUUGUGUGUUUAUGUAAAAUUAUACCAAUUCAAGUCUCAAUGUAACUGUGCUUCCAUUUUUUAAAAAAAAAUAUACUGCAGUAUGGUUUCAGCAAAAUUGAAGUUUAAUACAGCUGCUGGAAAUGUGUAAGGACGUCACCCUCUGUACAGAGAAGGGAAAAGUUAACAUUUUGGAUAUAAAUAUGUUGUUAAAACUGGAACAUACAAAGGCCUGUUAAUGAGAAAUCAGCCUUUUGUCUGGUCCUCUUUAACCAUGGAGUCUCAUGAACAAAUGUGCAAAUAUUUUAACUAAUGUUCCCAUUUUAAUUUGAAUUAUAUAUUUUAAGGCUGUAGAUGUGAACUUGUUACCUUAUUGGGUGAAUUGCAGGCUCCAAGAACAGCCCUUUCUAAAAAUGUGCCCUUCAAGUUCCACUGUGGAAAUGCAACAAAUGAUGAAUUAAAGCACAAAUGAACAUGAAGUUUCCUGUGCUUCAUGGACAAGAACUGCUACAAGUGACCCUUGCGCUGUAGCUUGAAUGUACCUUGCAUACAAGACCAAACCCAAAGAGGGGUAAAAAAACAAAUACUUACAAAUGAAUGUACUGGUCAUAUCAGAUCUCCAUUUUAAAAUGUACAAAACUCUGCCAGUAUGAGUCAUUUGCAAGUUUUGUGGGUUUUUCCACCUCAAGACAUGGCAGGGAUUGGAGAAUUAUGGGCUGAAGUCAAGAUUUUGCUUGUGCUGACUGUCCAAAGAAGCUGGUCAUGCUUUCACCUUUCGUUAUUGUACUUCCUCUUUGACUUUUCUCAAUCCACAAUACUUAUUUUCCAAUUUGGAUGAAGGAUGUAAAAUGAGAAAAAUUAAGUCUUCUUUCCCCCUUUUCAUAUGCUAACUAGUCAGCUUUGUGUCUUCAUUUCUGGACAUGCCCUGCAAUUCACCAAGAACAGCAUUGACUGUGUGGUUGUGUAAGCAGGAAUACUGUAUACUGUGGGCUCAAAUUGUACAUGCAAGAUUUGUGACUCACUUCAUAGCCAUCAGUUCAUUGUCUGCUGAUCACAGCUGUGACGAUGGUAAGGCAUGUCUGUGGUUUGGCCUCCAGAUCACUUAGAAGGUAGAACUAAGAGGCUAUGCCUGUGUAGACUUGGGAUGAGGAUGGAACCUGACUUGGUGGAUCUGGCUCUUUUGAAGGGCGAUUAAUAGUUCCAUCCUUGCUCACUCAUAGACUGGUCUAUGGUUGAAGCACCUAACAACUGCUUCCUUUUCCACGUGUCCUUACUGUGUAUCCAACUUCAGGGAACUGGGAAUUGAUGGCCUGUUGAUUACAACUGUCACAACAAUAAGGUCUUUUAAUCGCCAACAUUAACUUCCAUUUUUAAAAACAGAGUUAAACCUAUUUCUUUAGCUGACAACUUAAUGAGGGAAUCUAUAAACAUCUUUCUUUACAUGCAUUUGAGGUGAAAAAUAUAAAUACAAUAUUGAAAUUA